GAAGUAUUUCAAAACUGUUUUUAAACCCUCAAAUCUUUGCGAGUCUGAUGCUAAAACCCUCGAAGCCGUUAACUGCUUGAAUUCCCAUGGCGAUCGACAAGACCAAGAUAGAAGAAGAAAGCUGCGUUCUUCGAUUUUAUAAAAUAGUUCUCGGUUGGGAUUACCUCCGCCUCGUCAAAGAAUCCGAUAAGCGAAAUUUCGAUAAAAAUGCUAGCGAGGGAAGGUAUUCGGGACUGAAAGAAGUCAAGAACACGUAUAAAGAUGUCGAUGAUUAUCUUGGUACGUUUGAGCCAUUGCUAUUUGAAGAAGUUAAAGCGCAAAUUCUUCAACAAAAGGACGAGGAGGAAGAGACAGAAUGGCAGCAAGCAAUUGUGGCAGAAUGCAGUGAAAUUGAUGGAUUUCAUUUACCUAUGGUCAUAUGUUCUGAUGAAGAUACAAUAUCUCAGAAUGAUCUUUUGUUGCUAUCGACCAAGAAGUUUGGUGAGGGCAAACAGUUGCCGAGUACAUAUGCAUUUGCAUUAAUUGAGCAUCGUCAACAGGAUAAGAUAAGACUCAGGCUAUUUUUGAAGGGAGAAGUCAGAAACUUUAAUACAGAUGAUGUUCAGACUUGCCCCAGGCUAAUAAACAUGCUUCCUGUUGUUACUGAAGUGCAAAGAUGUUUUUAUUUUAUGAAGAUUUGCAGCUUAUCAACUAUAGUUCGUGAAUAUGUUGCAAUGCGAUCCAUUGGUUCUCUCCCAUUCAAGGAUUUGAUAUUAAAAGCAGCGGAAACUGACAAUAGCUCCAGUGAUCGUGAAUGGAAACUAUCAAAAACUCUAUCUGACUUUAUUGAAAGCAAUCUCAAUAAGUCACAGCUGGAGGCCAUUCAUGCGGGUCUGUCACGUAAAUCAUUUGUGUUGAUACAGGGCCCUCCAGGGACUGGGAAAACGCAAACUAUACUUGGGAUCCUCAGUGCUAUUCUGCAUGCUACUCCAGCUAGGGUACACACCAAUAAGGAAAAAUUGGCAGGGAUAAAUCCUAGGCCUGAAUUAACUAAGGAGGAAAAACUCUAUCACUUGAAGAAAUCAUCUCCAUGGUUAUUUGGUAUCCCUAAUCCUCGAGAUGUAAUCAUGCCUAUAGAUGGCGACGAUGGAUUUUUUCCAAUGUCUGGAAAUGAAAUGAAACCAGAAGUGAUCAAUUCCAACCGAAAGUAUCGUGUCCGUGUCCUAGUAUGUGCACCCUCAAAUUCUGCCCUUGAUGAGAUUGUCUUUCGUCUAUUAAAGACUGGUGUUCGUGAUGAAAAUGGCUGUGCAUACAACCCUAAAAUUGUGCGAAUAGGUCUAAAAGCACAUCACUCAGUCCAGUCUGUUUCAAUGGAUUACUUGGUCGAGAAAAAACUUGCAGGCGUGGACUCCCAAGUUGGGGACAAGCAAAAACAAGGAAAUGUGGCUAAGGAUAAAGACAGUAUCCGUGCAUCUAUACUGAAUGAAGCAGUAAUUGUCUUUUCUACUCUGAGUUUCAGUGGAUCAAUGCUUUUUAGUAAAUUAAACCACGGUUUUGAUGUAGUUGUAAUCGAUGAAGCUGCUCAAGCUAUAGAGCCUGCAACACUUGUUCCAUUGGCCAAUGGGUGCAAACAAGUAUUCUUGGUAGGGGAUCCAGUUCAGUUGCCAGCCACAGUGAUUUCACCCAUUGCAGAAAAAUUCGGAUACGGGAUGAGCUUAUUCAAAAGAUUCCAGAUGGCAGGCUAUCCUGUACAGAUGCUGAAAACUCAGUAUCGAAUGAACCCUGAGAUCCGGAGCUUCCCUUCAAAGGAAUUUUACGACGAAGCACUUGAGGAUGGACCUGACAUUAAAGAGCAAACAAAGCGCUCUUGGCAUCAAUACCGCUGCUUUGGUCCAUUUUGCUUCUUUGACAUACACGAAGGGGUAGAGUCGCAGCCCUCAGGAAGCGGCUCUUGGAUCAAUGUCAAUGAGGUCGAUUUUGUCCUCACUUUGUAUGGAAAUUUGGUUAGUAAUCAUCCGGAGCUUAAGACGAGCGACCGGCUUGCUAUUAUUUCACCUUACCGACAUCAAGUGAAGCUCUUCAGAGAAACGUUCCGCGCCACAUUUGGCGUGGAAUCUGAUAAAAUCGUGGAUAUCAACACCGUCGAUGGCUUUCAGGGUCGAGAGAAGGAUGUCGCCAUCUUUUCGUGUGUUCGAGCGAGCAAAGACAGGGGAAUCGGGUUCGUCUCUGAUUUCAGACGAAUGAACGUUGGUAUUACCCGAGCAAGGUCCUCCGUCCUGGUUGUUGGUUCUGCAUCAUCCCUGAAAAGAGACGAGCACUGGAAGAACCUGGUCGAAAGCGCCGAGCAGCGGGAUGUAUAUUUCAAGGUUUCGAAGCCAUAUGCCAACUUCUUCUCGGAAACCAGUCUAAAAUCGAUGGAAUUGAGGGAGUCUAUGCCGGAGAAUCGCCCAGAAGACAUAGAUGGCAAUGUGGCCAUGGAUAUAAAUGCGGGUGGUGUCAUCCACACCCAACUCGAAGAAAACGACUGGGGAGAUGGCGGAGGGGAUUUUGGUCUUGACGGCGGCGACGACUGAAACCAUUACAACUUGUUUAAGGUGCUGCCGUGCUCAAUCCUCCCACAAUCAGUUCAUUCCUUAGCAAUUUUGUCAAGAUUAACGAAUCCUAUGUCUGCCUCUCAUUUUCAUUUUGGUUUUAGUACGUAUAUAUAACGAUGUUACUAUGUCUAAUUGCAAUAGGUACCCUAGUAUGGGAUUAUUGCCAUUUUGAUACCUUUGUUGAUAUGGUAUAUAUCCAUAAUAUUGACCAAUCACAUGACAAAUUUUUUUUCCCGGAUUUAAAUUUUAUGUAAAUAAAUAAAAGUAUUCAUAUC